CGUGUAUCACCAUGGAAAUCACUUCUGUUUGAGCUAAAAGAAGAACAUGGGUUUUUUCCAUUUAUCUGCCAAUGUUCUUGCUCUGUUUGUAUCGGCGAGUUGUGUGCAGACUUCAAAAGGACAAACACCAAACGAUAAAUUUGUCUUCGCAAAUUUCCUUGCUCAUGAAAGCUUCUACUUGAACAUAACAAGUGUUGGGACAAAACUGGUCCAACACUCCUUUGAGUGCGCGUUCAAGUGUCUCCAGAAGGAUCCAUGUUUGUCAUUCAACCUGGCAGAUUCGAAUGAUAACAUGGACAAACUGCUGUGUGAACUGCUUCCAUCUGACCAUUACACCCAUUCAGAAAAGUUCAUCGCCAACCAUCUUUGGUAUCACUACAGUAUUGUGUCUCCUUGUUCGAAGUUGCCCUGUCAAAACAAUGGAACUUGUGUACCUCUGUACCGGAAAAAUAGCUAUAAGUGUCGCUGUGCGAAAGCAUACACAGGAAGCCACUGCGAGAAAGUUGAUAAUGACUGCAGCUGUUCAUCAGGCCCGGAAGGAAAACAGAGAUGCAAAAUAGAGUACCUUAUGGUGUUUCCGGAGCCGCGUUCUACAGAAAAUUACGCCAUGAAGAAUCCAGCCAUAGCUUCAGAUCUCAGCCAGUUGUCGCUGUGUUUUUUCUUCAAACUUGUUCAAGACCAAGGGGAUCAGAUUUUCGUCAGCUAUGCCACUAAACAAAAGGACAAUGACAUGAUUAUCGAGAUUUAUCCAACACAAACAGAUUUUUAUGUUGGCGACAAGUUGUUCCGGUUUACCUCGAAAAAUCUCUACGAUAAUACCUGGCAACACGUGUGUCUCACCUGGGGAAACACUCAGGGAGUAACGAAACUCUAUAAAGAUGGCCAAUUUACCGGACAGGAAACGAAUCAUGCGACUAAGAAUUAUACACUUAAGGCUGGCGGCUCCCUGGUGCUUGGACAAGACCAAGACUCUGUCGGCGGAGGCUUUGAUCGUAACCAAACUCUUCAUGGCCGAUUGGCAAGUGUCAACAUGUGGGAUAAAGUUCUGUCCGAAAGCGACAUUGCCGCUCAGUACACAAAUUGCAGCGUACCUCAUGGUUCUGUUAUUAACUGGUCUGCAUUCAAAAAUCUUACUCAUGGCAAUGUCAUAGUUGAAGAGCCAUGAACUACAUUGGUCAGUGAUCAAAACUCUUGCAGAGCCUAAAAUCGUAACUCGCGUGAUGGUAAAUUCCUAAUAUUAGUGAAUGUACCAUAUGCCUGGCUGGAUCAUGUGACAUAGCAUUAAAAUAGCAAUAUUAUAGAAAACCAAAAUACGAAAUGAUAUUGCGUUGAAACGCUGCUUUUGUCUGAGCGGUUGGAAAAUAUUUCAUUUAUUUAUUUACCUAUUUAUUCAGAUGUUUGCCAUUAC